AUGGAAGUACAAGGGACACGACUAUUUUUUACGCUUCAAGACUUUCGUUCAUUCUUCUCCCUUUUUCUGCAGCACUGGGAAAGGCUUCGCGGAUCUUACUAUCGCAAGAAUCCGAUACAUCCUUGUUCUUACAUUUUCUUGCAACCUAUCGCAAAGAAGCAUUCGUUGUCAUUUCCUGAAUUCGAUUCUAUCUGUUCUACGGUAUUCAAACCGGAUGUCAUCACAUUUGAAGAUGUAACAAAAGCGCUGACUAAUGACCAUCAUUUUACCUUUACUGAGCGACUUCAAGGGACCCUUAGUGAAAGAGAAGCAUUCUGCGACAUCACUUGGAACUUCAUUCGUGGAGCUUUCACACUUCAUAAAAUACGUUCAAAUGUUGAAAUUUCGUAUAGCAGUUCAGAAACCAAUAUCCCAACUGUCAAUAUUACGCGUAUAUUUUCGGCAUGUCGAGAUUCCAAUAAUGAAUGGGACUACACUUGCGUCUGCCGAAAUAGAUAUCGAGACCGUGAUGUGGUUUUAAAUCACUUCAAAAACUGUCAACAUUUCAGAACAAUGUGUCCAAUCAUUGUGGUGAUGGGUGAACCGGACUUAAUCGAUUCAAAAAUCCCUAUCAAAAUCCCUCUUCCAUUCCAUGUCCCUCCGCCUAUACCAACGGAAAUGCGUAAUUCAACAUCGUCAACAUCCAGCGUCAUCAAUAUGGAUUAUGGCCCACAAUGCAAAACGAAACAAUCCAAGGAUUGCAACGUCAGGUGA